AUGAAGUUUGGCUCAUGGGACUUUGAAAUACAUCGUUUGCUAUUGCAGAUGUUUAGAGCAGAAAAGAGAAACUCUGAUGGAGAAGACAUUUCAGUGGACGAGCCUCCACUUCAGGAUGAAUCUCAUUUCAAUUGUUCAACUUUAUGCAAUCCUGAUGAAAGUGUCAGCGACAAAUGUGAAAGUGACACAACUUUGAAUAGAUUUUUCAAUAAUUCACCGUCGAUUAAGAAUCCUGAUCAUGUUGUGACACAUUCAAAGACUUUCAAGCCUGGUCAACUGAAUAGUUUCAAUAAUAAAACAAGACGGUUUUGCAGAACGGAGAAAAUUGCUUUGAAUGUCGGUAAACCUGGUAAACCAAAGACGACUCUUGCUCAUGUCAAUGAUCGUCAUGCUGGUUAUGACAUUGGUGAGAUGAACACGUCUGAUGAUUGCACUGUUGAUAACUUUCAGCAAGCACUUGAAACAAAAGCUUCAAGACACUUUGGAUUUGACUGA